AUGAAUUCUUCUUCCCCUGAAAUCCCCAAUGGGACACCACAGAUCCACACCCAAUCACAAACGCCACAGGAUUCCACUUCGCUGUUAGAGCUGUUUUUGCAACAUGAAUCAAACAUCAAUACCCACCUUGAACUCUGCACCCAACUUCGCGGCCUGAUACCACAGUCCACCAUUUCGUUCUACGCCAUGUCGUCGAUGAUAAAUCAAAGCCAGCGGUUUAUGGAAGAAAUCAAGAAAAUGAGGGAAGAGAUUCUCCUUCGCAACAUGCCAACAAGACCAAUGACAAGGUCGAAGAGCUCAAGACUGUCCAGUGCCGCAACGAAAGGCACGACGGCGGGUGUGAAAGAAACUAAUCCAUCUCGGAAUGGAGACACGCCCAACCCAAUGCUAAAAACCGAUGAACAAUCAUCUACAACCACUCAAGGGCCCCCGAAGCGCAAAAAGCGUUCUCGCCCAUCAAGCGACUCUUUGGUUUCUGGCAGUAACGAUAUUGGGGAAAGAGCGGGUUUAAAGAGGCCAAAAGGGCGUUUAAACGACUCAACUGCGGAAGGUGCUUCCAACAAACCGGAAGACAUAGCUCCCAUCGAACUUGAAGAUAUAUCUACUGAAGUCGAAGCACGGCUAAAACUCAGGGAAGAAACUCGGCGGAAAAAACGAGAGAAGCAUUUAAAAAGGAAAAGAGACAGUAUUGAAUCAAUAGGUGGUGGAGAUAGGGUAAAGAAAGUGAAGAAAUAG